GGACCUACAAAGUUGCGUAGAGUGGCUGAAAAUCCCAAUGAUAAGAUUAUGGUCACAUUCAAUGACAUUGGUGAGCAUGUUGGACCUGGUUCAGUAACCCUAUCGUCGUUUCUUGGUCCUCUUGUGAGGGAACAUGUUCCGGUUACACUUGCCGAUUGGAGAAAACUUGAUGCAGCGACUAAAGCAACAAUGUGGGAAGAAAUUCAGGGGAGGUUUAACUUGCAAGAAGAGUGGCAGAAAGCUGUUAUUUUCAAGCAGCUGGGAAAUGUGUGGAGGGCUGGGAAGUCGAGGCUGGUGUCACAAGUACGUGUGGCGAAGACUGCAGCUGAGAGAAUAGCUUUAAAUCCGAGCAACAUCCCAUCCCUUCAACUGUGGAACACUUGGGUUAAGAGUAAGACUACCAAAUCUUUCACAGAAACGAGUAACAAGUACAGAGCGAUGAGAAGAAAUCAGAUUCCUCACACCACCAGCCGCAAAGGAAUGCUUCGUUUAGCUGAUGAUAUGGUAAAAGAGUAGUCAAACAUCUACAUAUUGUAGAUCAGCUUGUUAGAUUAAAAUGGUAGUGAGAUAUGUUUGUU